CAGCGAACUGCCGCAUCGAACAGACGUGAGUUCUGAACAGUUGUCAAAAAGACGACAAGACGUAAUUAAAGGAAAAUACAUAUCGAGCGAAAUAUAACAAGGCGGGCGCAUCUCAGAAACGCACUUGUGAAAGCGCGACGUGUAUGCAGUUUUCCAGCCGACAUUAGCCAGCCGGACGCAGCGAUUGUCAUCGAGCCCGAUUGUCAUUUGUCAUAGCGGAUCGACGGAUCGAGCGAUACGUUAUCAACGCGACGUCAAGGCGCCAGCGCGCGAAACGAUAUCAACGAUUGAUUUUUUGGCAGAUUGACGUGCAAAUUAGAAUUUGCGGCGAGUUAGAUCGUAACGAGAACUCGCGAAGAAAACCAUCAACAGAAGUAUCGACAGUUGUUGAGACAGUGAGGAUUAUUUCUUUUUAACGCGGCGAGGUGUCUCGUGCGUGUUGAACUUUCUAGAACUGCUACGAGAGCGAUAAGGAGAACAAGCGUGAGAAAGAGAGACAAGAGGGUAGCUCGAGCCGACGACGUGUGAGACAGAGGCGGGAAUAGUGAGCGCGAGGAGUCGAAUCGACGAAAGGGACAGAGUGUACGUACACCGGCAGACGAGAUGGCGUUUAUGAUGCCCGUGAUGAAAAACGAAUGGGACAUUUACAAGACUAAUCGCAGCCGGCGCUCAUCCGAGUGCUCGAAUCCGCAGGCCUGCCGUAGCAGAAAGGUGUCCGAAUGUUCCAAGUCGGAGGGUCCGUCGUUGUCGACCUCCCCCGGCUCCGAUUUCCUGACCUCGCCGGCGCAUCGGUCCGUGCCGUUGACCUCGCGUCAUUUCUCAAGGACGUCUUCAAGGGCGUCUCAGAGUUCUCUGCAGAGUCCAAGCAAAAGCACGAGCACGUCACCGCCGAAGACUGGCAGUUCGAACUCCCUCAACAAGUUCCAUAACCGAUUGGUCGACAAGUUGAAGCGCUCGCUGAAGAAGGCGGAGGACUGCGCAGAAGAUCAGCGAAAUCUAUCGUGAAACAGUCAUGGGGUUUUGGGCCGGCCACCCGUACCCGGCUCGAAACCAAUUGAGAUCCGACGCACUUCGGCACCUGCUACCACAUCCGAAGUGAGUAGAAACGUGGCGGCACGCUCGUGUCCGGAUCCACCUUCAGCUUGGUAAAGAAGAAAGAACGUAAGAAAGGAGAGAUAGAGAGAGAGAGAGAGAGAGAGAGAGAGAGAGAGAGAGAAAGAUGAUGAUAGAGAGAGAGAGAGAGAGCGACAGCAGCAAAAAAUACAUGUAUUAAAGAGGAAGAGAUCGAGAGAGAGAGGAAGAAUGCAUGUAUGAGAAUGAGAAAAUCAACGGGGGUAAAGAAAGGAAGAAGAAGAGCGAAGAAAUCAACUUUCGCCCGUCGCAUGUUUAGCUCGAGUAUGUUUGAAAGCGAGCGCAUACGAGUUUGUUAGCCCAGCACAAGCAAAAAGCAAGAAGAAGGAAGAGUACAACGAUCCUCGAGUUGUUAUUUUCAGCCCGCUGGAUAUCGAUAGUCGAUCGUGUCAAGGAUCCUCGCGGGUCAAGAGAUAUCUCGAUCGAGCGAUCGAACGAUAGGAGGAGCCUCGAUGAACACUUGAGAUGAUGAAAAGAGAUGUUGAUUGCAACGCUUUCAAAAUAACAGCCGUUUGCGCGACAACUUCGAUACAUAGGGAGUGAAGAAUAUCGGUAAACUAACAGAAGAAUGCACGAAGAUCUGAUCUUACAAUUUUCCUGGCUGAACCUGAGAGAAUCUGAUCAAGAUAAAGGAGUGGAAAUGGUAGACGAAGAAGAGGUAGAAACCCUGAAAGAUUCGCAGUUUACAACAGAUCGAUGAAUGAAGCAUUCGAUCGAAUCUCUCGCAGCAGAGGUUUCGGAAGUGACUGAUGAUCAUCAGCAAUUGAAGGAUAAUCGUUGGAGCAGCGGCAGUGCGUAAGAAGUAAGGUAUAUAACAAACACAUGUCUAUCGAGAUUAUGUAUCGAGAUUGCGCGUCGCGAAUAUUUCAUUAAAUAUUACAGGCUCGUGGUCAGUCGGUUACAAAAUAGUCACUUGUGUUGUCAGACCUAAUAGCUAAGUUCCUUCAUUGCGCACGAGAUCGUGCGCAUAGCGUUCUAUAUGUUGUUCUUUUCUUAACAUAAAACGAAACGAAAUCGAAGAAAGGAAGAAAGACAUUUAGCGGGCGCGAAGGAAUUUUCGGUUUCCGUGAAAAGAUUGCUCGGUCGAUGUCAUGCGACCAUAUCUAUCCGUGCAGAUAAUAUCUAAGAGAUAUUGUAAAGAUAUCCAAAAGAUGCUUUAAACAAGUGUGUGAAAAUCGUUCUUUUAAACAUUCUUUUAAACGUUCUUAUCUUUCAGAUGUCUUUCAAAUAUCUUUUAGAUAUUUGUUGAGAACAACCGAUGCGUUUUUGAUUUCUUCGCCAAAUUACUUCAUGUUAAUCGUGGAAGCAGAUCGUAAAUCUCUCCAUUCUUAAUACCCAAUUAACUUUCUCGCAAUCUAGACUGAAAAACGUUCUUUAAUCAGUAAAGUCAUGUAAAAUCGUUUAAGAAUAGAAGCUCGUAUUUUCAGCGCGCUAAAUAUGGCUCUGUUCAAUUGUGAGUACAUUAUUUAUUUGCUUAAUACUUAAAGGAGUUUUUCACGGCGUAUAAUGAGGGCAAAGUCGAUGUCAAAUGCGCGAUGAGAAUACGGGUCAAAAUAUAAAGAGAGAGAAAAAGUAGCUAGCGUAAAAAGAAUCGCGAAUAUAUUCUUGUUUUUAUCGUGAUAUCAAACUGAGAACAAUAGUAAGGCUCGCCUGUUGUUCGAAUUGGGAUCGAGUUUACGUGCCGGAAAGAGCAGUUUCUCGCCUUUGCGGGAUAUCGGGUCGCGCAGGAAAAAGAACCGUGUAUGCGUGUGUUGCGAGAUGGUUUAGAGAGGCGAAUUAAACGUGCACACGUGUACUCUUCGAAUCAGAUCACGUAUGAACGAAGCCUAAGAGAAGCGCUUAUUUUCACAUAUAUAUCCCGUGUUAUUCGUCGCAAGAUUAGUUGUACUUACAAUUAUUCGCAUAAGCAUAUUUGCCCUAUACGGAUUAUUUUUCUCGCGUGCUCACUUUCUAUAUCAGAAAAUCUCCGCCGGUAAUCGCGCCAAGAUAACACGAAUUGCAACGCACAGCGUGUUUUGCGUAGAAUAACUAAUGCUUCAAAUAGCAUGCAACAAUAUAUGAAUUGAUGAUUUCUGUUCAAUGAAAAAAAAAA